AUGCCCAAGUUGAGAGGAAAACCAAAAGAAAAUGCCCGGCAGAAGAGGGAGCGAAAGGCAGACUUCAUGGAGAACAAGCAGCGGGCCCUCAAGAUAGGAAUCCCUAUCUUCAUUGCCUUCUGGGUGAUAGUUGCCAUCUUCGUUUACCUCAACACGAGGCCCAAAGUGUCAAGUAUCUCAAAGCAAUCUAAUGUGGAACCGGGAAGACCAGCAGCACUGUUCUUGCUCCUCGUGAUCGUCGACAUCCUCCAGUGUUCCCUUUGCCGUUUGGUGGUGAGCCUCACUUUCUUGGACGAUGUGGUUUCGCUUCGUAAAUCAUGUGCUUGCGAUGGCACGAAUUCGUCGAUUCGUCCUCAUCGGUAG